ACCUUGUAUUCCUCGGCCUAGAUGUGAGCGGUCGGUUCACCCUUCCUUGCUUCCUUCGGUAGGAAACUGACGUCAAGAAACUAGAGCAGGCGGAUACCACUGUGUUUAAUUAAGAGCUGUAGCUACACUAUUUCAGCAAAACCUGCUCCCGUCACACUAAAUUAUCCGCAUUUGGUUGACUACGGCUCUAAAGGGGAAAUUCUGCUACCGAGAGCGACGGACGACAGAAGAAUAAGCAUGGCUGAUCUGCUGAGGCUUCUGCUGCGGGUGGCUGAGAAGGCUGCGAAUGUGGCCCGGGUCUGCAGGCAGGAGGCUCCCCUCUUCCAGCUCCUCGUCCAAGAGAAGACCGGAGAGGACAAGAACAAGAAGUUCGUCCAGGACUUCAAGACCCUCGCCGACGUUGUGAUUCAGGAAAUGAUCCGGCACGAUGUUGGCACUCAGUUCCCUGAAAUGGCUGGCUUCAUUCAUGGAGAGGAGUCUAACAAGUUUGAAAACGGACUUGGAGAGAGUGUGACCGUCACGGUGUGCAGCACAGAGGAGGAGACGGCGGCGUUACUGGCUACGGUGCUGGACGGCGACCACACGGCUGCAUCUCUGCUGGCUCGAGCCAUCCACCAAGACCCGACGACCAUCGACACCAGCACGGAUGGCCUGGCAGUUCCCCUCAACCCCUCUGAGCUCGGCGUCUGGAUUGACCCCAUAGAUGCCACCAGCCAGUACAUAGAGGGCCGAGAGGAGGCGUUGGAUGAGGGCCACUUGUCUCCUUCAGGUCUGCAUUGCGCAUUGGUUCUGAUCGGGGUUUACCUCCGGAGCACGGGUGAGCCUGUCAUGGGCGUCAUCAACCAGCCGUUUAACCACAGAGAUCCUGCAGGUGGACGCUGGAGGGGGAAGCAUUUCUGGGGUGUGUCCUACGGCAGCAUCAAUAUCUGCUCAGUGUCCACGACAAAAGAUGGACCCAAAGGGGAGCGGGGUCUGUCUGCGGUGCUGAGCUCCAGCGAGAAGCAGGUGGUGAAGGAGACUCUGACGUCCCUGUGCGGCCCUGACAAGCUGAUGUACGCCUCUGGAGCCGGCUACAAGAUCCUGUGUGUCAUCCAGGGCCUGGCUGACGUUUAUGUCCUCUCAGAGGGAAGCACCUUUAAGUGGGACUCCUGCGCUCCCCACGCUCUGCUACGAGCCCUGGGAGGAGGGGUGGUGGACUUGACGAAGAGUCUACAGGCCAGCUGUGAAGCUCAGGAUUGCAAGACAGAACUGACCUAUCACCAGCCGCACAAUGAGUGCAAAGGAGCAGACCGCUGGGCUAAUCAUGGAGGCCUGGUGGCUUAUCGGGACUGUUCUCAGCUGCGCAGCAUCCUGGGGGCUCUGAGAGACAAACUGUAAGUGCAGUCAGCACAAGCUGAAGCAUUUAUUGCUGCAUAUAUCAGUGUAUUAAUGUUUCCUUUAAUAGCCCAGAAAGGAGGAUGUGAAGGGUUGUCUUAUUUUUAACCUGAUAUGCAAGUUUAUAUGUAACAAAAUGAACUUUAGGUCUGAAUCAAAUGAUGUUUGGUUUUAAGGCGCGAGCUGUACACAGCCAGGAGGAACGUGUUGUGGAUUAAUAAGAUUUAUUUGGGAACAAUACCACAAGAUUCUUGUAUUUUGGAAAAAGGGAGGAAAUGCAAAAAGGUGACGUUACAGAAAUAUACAGAAGCUUGUGUUACUCUCAGAUUUGAAACUGCUCUCCUCUGGGUUAAUUCAGGCCGUUGUCUUCCUACCAACACAUGAAACCAACCACAUUUGUGAAUGUGGUUCAGUUCAGACCUGCUCAUCAUUUAUUAAAUGUUUCUCAGACUUUUAACAGCUCCUGCCCAUGUUGCAUUUAGCUACAAAGAGCUCAGGUGCUCACUGCUGGACAGCUGAGGAACACGUCAGUGCUACAGGGAAGAAAUGUAAUGUAUACAUGACAUUGUCUUUAUUUUAGUGGAGUCACAUUUUUCGCUUUAUUUAACUUGUCAGAGACAGUAAUCAGACUUAAACAGAGCAGUGUGCAGAAUCCACACCUCUCUGAAACAACUCCUUGUAAGGAGCAGAGGAACACACGAACCCCUGCCCUCUAUUCAUGGCCACAGCACCGUUAGUUAAAGGUCAGAGACUGGAAAAGCCAUAUGAGGUAAUACUUUGACACACGGAGUCCUCUUUUUUCACAGUGGGUUUACAGUAAAAUGAAAUAUUAAUCCACUUUAAGGAUGAGACCUCUGUAGGAUCACUGUCUGCUCUGGAGACUGCAACAGAUUCGUAUUUAGACGUUUUAAGUGUGUCGGGUGUCUUCACACGCUACAUGUUUAAAACCUUCAUACGCAUUGGAACUGAGGAACCACACAAGGAGCAGAAAGCCGAACAAACAUUGUGCAUAUAGGAAAUCAUCUUUAUUUUGAAAACCAGAGUAAGCGGGGGGAAACAAACCCAACAGUGGUAUUUUAAAACUGUUCGCCAGCCAGGGAACUCUCCUCCUCAUUCCCCACAGAAAACCCCUGAUGAUUGUCAGAUUAUUAUUCUUUUUUUGCAAUAAUUCUGCAUAUUCUGUUAAAAACUCAAAAAUAAACAAAUUAUAAUAAUCCGGA